AUGGAUGCAUCGUCAUCGCUUGGGGGCGACGAUGAUUGGGAGAUUGUUUCCACCUCAUCCCGACCCCGAUCUCCAUCACCCACGCGAGAGGCAUCAAGAUCAGAAGCUGCACCAGUUCAAGCUCCCGUCGCAGCUCACACACCCCUUUCCACAGUACAUCUCUCAUACAACAUGCCGGGCUGGAAAGAGGACUACCUCUCUUCGAUCCUUGAAGCUGAGAAGAACAGCCCAGUCAACCAUGAGCUCGUCGAGGCUUGCUCACUCCUCAACGACCGCAUAGCAGCCCUCGAAGCCGAGAAGGCCCACUGGCAAUCAGCGACCUCGUCAGCCUCCAGCGCGCAACAGUCAACGGCCAAAGAACCUCCCACAGCCACCCCCGACCCAACCCAGUCCCGCCUACGCGCCGACCUAGCCGAAGCCCUCCGCCAGAAGUCCUCCCUGGAGGCGCGCCUCCGCAAGACGACCAGCGAGCGCGACGCCCUGCAGACAACGCAACGGUCGCAGGCGCGGGCCAUACGCGACCUGUCGGGGGAGCGGGACGCGCUGCGGCUGCGGGUGGGGGAUCAGGCCGAGGAGCUGCGCGUCAAGAAGCACAUGAUGCAGCAGAUGCAGGACGAGGUGCUGGCCCUCGAGAUGCAGCUCAACGUCGCCGAGGCGCAGAAGGCCAAGAUCGCCGCCGAGAACAAGCAGCUGAUCGAGCGCUGGAUGAGGCGGGCGCGCCAAGAGGCCGACGACAUGAAUGCCGCGAACGAGAAGCGCGGCGACGGGCCGUGA